AAACAGAGAGAAAGGGGUGCACUCUAACAGAAAGAGGAAGAGAGAGCAGAGAGAGGAGAGCAAAACUGAGGUUGCUGACACUGUGAGAGAAUAUUUAUUUUCUCACCACUUAUCAUAUGGAAUAAAAACCUUGUUAAAGUGGGAUUUUCUUCAACCUGAAUUCAGUAAAACAGAUUUAAUCUCUGACUGAUUAUUCUUGUGGGACUAGUUUUAUUAGGAUCCUACUAGUUGUCAUAAUAUCAGUCUGUCUCUGAAAUGGAGUCCAGAACUCUUCUACUUAUUCUGGGUCUGCUGGGGAACCUAGAGGCCAGAGAUUGUCCCUGGGGCUUCAUAGCCAAAGGGAGAACACUGUGUGUUGAUAUAGAUGAGUGUAAAGAGUGGGACAGUAACCCACCCUGUGGAAGUAAUGCCGCAUGUUACAACACACAGGGGAGCUUCUACUGUCACUGUCUACCUGGGUUCAUAUCCACAACGACUGUCCAGUUUACUGCUCUCACUGGGGAGUGUAAGGACCUCGAUGAGUGUCAGGGGAAACUACAGGUUUGUACCAGCAACGCCAUUUGCCUCAACACCAUCGGGAGCUUCAACUGCCAAUGCCAACCUGGUUUCAGAUUCUCUGCUUAUGCUGGGCACUGUGAAGACCUCGAUGAGUGCCAGGAGACACCUCAGGUUUGUGGCAGCAACACCAGUUGCCUCAACACCUUUGGGAGCUACCACUGCCAGUGCCAACCUGGGUUCAGAUUCUCUAAUCACACUUUGAAGAACUGAUGGAAAUUCCAAUAUCAAGUUUUCUGUUGAGUUUCCCAAUGGUUUUGUCACGUCUGCUCCUGCUCCCCUCUCUGACGCG